UCUGGGGUUCUCAAAUCUUCUGAGCAGCUGCCACCAACUGUGCUCUACUUUUUCACCAUUCUUCUCUGGAUCUCCAGCAAGUCUGAGCUGCUCAGACUCUCUUGCUUAUACACACAGUCACACACUCACACUGUCUUUGUGAGCCUCCUGCUCCUGUGACUGUAGCUCUGGUCAGUCACCUGCACUCCUGUCACAGCAUGCAGCUUCUGGUGGUGUUAGCAGCUCUCAUGGGGGUUGUGUUCAGCGUAAGAGCAGCUGCCGUGCUUCCUGUGGAGGAUAGGAGCCCCAUCCAUUUGAACAGGGAGCUUAGCAAAGAGCGCAAGGAGCUUAUCCUAAAGCUGGUGUCUGGCUUGUUGGAUGGAGCUCUGGACACAAACAUGCUGCCAGGAGAAGCGGCAGCUGUGGAGCUCGAAGAGCCGCUAGAGUCUCGCCUGGAGGAGAGAGCUGCUUAUAACAGGCUAUCACUCCCUCAGCGUGACCGCAAAGCCCCCUGUAAAAACUUCUUCUGGAAAACUUUCACCUCCUGCUAACAGUGCCCAAAAACCACUCGGCUCUGCCUGCUACUCCUUCCGUCCCAGCUCUACAUGAACUGUGGUAGACCUCAGCUGUACAUAUCAUCUACACCUGUCAGACAUGCAGCAUCGAUGGACUUCACUGAGACAGUGUGUCUGUUUGAAUAUUAAUUAUUUAUGUAUCUAUUUAUGUAUACUAUGUAUGUAUGUAUGUAACAGUUACUUUCAGGGUCAACAAUAAAGCAUGGAUAUAAUAUUUAAAAUGGUGAUAACAGUAA